AUGGUGUCCUUACCGCGAGCUGCCGCGGCCACGAGCUCCGUGAUACUCAGGCUUGCCACCUUCAUCUUCCUUCGCUGGAUCCCCGGUCAUCAUUUCCCACCUCUAAUCUUCACCUCGCUAGUGGUGUAUCUGUCUUCGUUGUUCUCGCUCAGUCGGGCGGCUGAUGACAACACCGCCAAUCGCCCCCAUGACUUGAAACGCUCCCGAAACACUUCGAGGUCUGCAGAGCCUCCAGCUAAGGAUAGCGCUCUCAAGACGCUUUUAACGGGACUGCCGUCCCCCAGGUCGCCGUUGGUGACCCGGCUGACAGUGCUGGUUAACAUUGUCCUUACGCUCUUCACUUCCGACCUUCUACUUCGUGGGGUUGUUUUCUAUCCUGCAAACGAUAUUGUCUUCUCUCGCAUUGGAUAUGUCUCCCCAACUACAGCGAAUUUACUCGUUCGAGAGCCGGACUCAGCUCAACUACCCCUGGCGGUCUUCUAUCAAGAAGCGGAGCAGGAGGACCCCUUAAAAUGGGUGGAAGAAGGCAUUAUAUAUGCACUUGAUGAAUCGACAGAUUUCACAACUUCGGUGACUUUAAAGAACUUGAAACCGUCCUCGCACUAUCGGUAUUCCCUGUCCAACAAUCUCACUGGCUCUUUUGUCACCGCGCCUCUUCAUGGCUCGAAAUCUGCCAACCGGCUUAGCUUUCUGACGUCUAGCUGCAUGAAGCCAAACUUCCCGUACAACCCACUGUCUCAUCCAUUGCGUAUUGAAGGGAUUGAGAAGAUGACCGAGACCGUCAGCAAGUUGCCAUCCUUGCUUCGGCCGGCAUUUAUGUUGUUCCUCGGAGACUUCAUUUAUAUCGAUGUUCCGCAGCGCUUUGGCUCCUCUGUAUCACACUAUCGCAGUGAAUAUCGUCGUGUGUAUUCGUCUCCUUCGUGGUAUUCUCACGGUGAUACCCCGGCUAUCGACCUGCCGUGGUUACACACUCUAGACGAUCAUGAGAUUGAGAAUGACUGGUCGAAGGGUAACAAUACAGCUCCCUACUUAGCCGCGGCUGACCCCUAUAUCCAUUACCACGUCAGCGUGAACCCCCCGAUCCCGGCCACCCCUUUCGCCAAGCCAGAAAAUACAACGUAUUUCUCUUUCAUUAACGGUCCGGCGUCGUUCUUCAUGUUGGACACCCGCACCUAUCGCUCCGAGCCCGCCCAACCGGACUCUACCAUCCUCGGCUCGGCGCAGCUGCAGUCCUUGCUUGCAUAUCUGUCUCGUCCUGAACCAGCCGAAGUGCACUGGAAGAUUAUCGCCUCCAGUGUUCCCUUUACCAAGAACUGGCACGUCGGUACUACCGACACAUGGGGUGGGUUUCUGAAUGAGCGUCGCAUGGUGUUUGAGGCCAUGUGGCGCGCCGAGCGAGAGUUAGGAAUUCGCAUUAUCCUGCUCAGCGGAGACAGACACGAGUUCGGGGCGACUCGGUUCCCCGAUCCAACAUUUGACUACACGCCCGAUGAACUUCUCUCCGAUACCGCCGGCGAGGGCCUGCAUGAGUUCAGUGUUGGCCCGCUCAGUAUGUUCUACUUGCCCAUCCGGACCUACCAUCAAACCGACAAUGAAGAUGUCGCUGUCAAAUACAUCCCAACCGGUAACACCAAGUACGGAUUAAUCGAUAUCGACAUCCGCGAUGAGACCAUACUCACCACCAGUGGCAAGACAGAAACCGUACCCAGUUCCGUCCUUACCUACUCACUCUACGUUGACAACGAUGUCGCCUGGAAGUAUCGUCUCAGCGUCCCACUGCCUGGGUAUGAGCAUGUUGUUGCCUCGGUUGCCUCUGUAAGGCACCCGCGACUCCUACCAGGUGAAGUCCUUGAGGACAAUCGUGAAACAGUUGGAUGGGAUACCCGACUCAGGGCCGUAAUCAGUAAGGUGAAGAAUGCAGGGGGCCAGCUAAUUAGCCAGGUUAGGGAUCAAAUCUAUAAACUUUUGGAUAGAGCGGGAACAGCGGAAGGACUAAAUUGA